AUGCUGAUGUUGAUGAAAACCCAAGAACCGCAGGAACCGUUGAGCUGUUUGUGCCACGUGGUGAAGUGGCCUAUGCAUGGAGACAUGCUAAUUGCAUUGAAUAGGCUUCGUAAAGCGGAAAAGUUCAAACAUCGGGAAUUUGCUGAAUACGGAAUGGAUAUUUUGGCAGUCAGGAAGGCGAUCGAGGAGAAGAAAAAAGCGGAAUUCGCGAUUUUGAAUUUUGAAAAAAAGAAUAUCGAGCAGUUGGUUCAACAGAACAACGACGGCGUCUUCUUGACGAAUCGCGACGAUGAGAAGUGGCAAUCCAAGAAAGAGAACAUUCGAUAA